AUGGGCCUAGGCCAGCCCGAGGUCACAACCCUGGAGUUCUACUUCCACGACAGAGUAAGUGGGCCCAACAAGACGGCCGUGCUCAUCACAGCCCCGAGCACCAACUACUCCACGUUUUUCGGCCAACUUAGGAUGAUCGACGACCCUUUUACCUAUGGGCCGGACAUGAGCUCCGGCAUUGUGGGCCGGGCCCAAGGGAUGUACGGUGGGGCGGAUUUAAACGCGGUAGGCCUCGUGAUGGCUCUCAACUUUGUGUUCAAGGUCGGGCCCCACAAUGGGAGCACCCUGAGCAUGCUGGGCCACAAUGCCGCUUUCGACAAGGUGAGGGAGAUGCCCAUUGUCGGGGGCACAGGGGAGUUCCAGUUCGCGACAGGGUUUGCACGCGCGAGCACGAUUAGCUUGAGCGACAAAGGGAAUGCCGUCGUUCACUACAACGUCACCGUUUUUCAUUACCCGCAAGCCGCCUUUGGUUUCUAA